ACCCCUGGUCAUCGCUGCCCAGGGAAGCCGAGAGUCACAGUCUCCAGACUUCACACAGUCCCGAGAGCCCCAGAAGCGUGCAUUUGUCUGAACAAGACAAUGACUUAUGAAAACUUCCAGAACUUGGGGAAUGAGGAGAAAACCCAGGAGACUGGAACAGCGGCUGCCCACAAGUCCUUCCUGUGGAAUAUCUUCUCGUGGACCCACCUCCUCCUCUUCUCCCUGGGUCUCGGCUUCCUGCUGCUGGUGGUCAUCUCUGUGAUUGGAUCCCAAAAUUCCCAGUUAAGGAGGGACCUAGGUACCCUGAGAGCCACUCUAGACAACAUCACCUCCAACACAAAGGCUCAACUCCAGGCCCUGACCUCCAGGGGUGACAGCCUGCAAGAGAGGAUCAGCUCUCUGAAAGUGGAAGUGGAUGAUCACAGGCAGGAACUGCUGGCAGGCCGAGGCUUGAGCCAGAAUGUUUCUUCUCUGGAGAGCAUGGUGGAAAAAAAGGAACAGGCAUUCAAAACAGGUCUAUCUGAGAUAACGGAGAGCGUCCAACAGCUGGGCAAGGACCUGAAGGCCCUGUCAUGCCAGCUGGCCAGCCUCAAGAACAAUGGCUCCGAAAUGGCCUGCUGCCCCCUUCACUGGAUAGAGCAUGAAGGCAGCUGCUACUGGUUCUCUCAAUCUGAGAAGUCAUGGCCUGAUGCUGACAAGUACUGCCAGCUGCAGAAUGCUCAUCUGGUGGUGGUCAACUCCCUGGAGGAGCAGAAAUUUAUCCAUGACCACAAGGGCCCUGUGCACACCUGGAUGGGCCUAACGGACCAAAAUGGACCCUGGAGAUGGGUGGAUGGGACUGACUUUGACAAUGGAUUCAAGAACUGGAAGCCACUACAGCCAGAUAACUGGUAUGGACAUGGGCUGGGAGGAGGUGAGGACUGUGCCCACUUCUCUCACGACGAUGGUCGUUGGAAUGAUGAUGUCUGCCAGAGGCUGUACCGCUGGAUUUGUGAAACAGAGCUGGGCAAAGGCAGCUAAGAGUACCCUCCCCCAACCUAUAUCUUUAGUGCCAUAAGCCUCUGAUGUUUGGUAUUGGUGAUCCGCUUGUUUGGUACUCCACCAUCUUGGGUCAUUUUUUUUUCUAGGAUUUUAAGAGGGGCUAAAGGAUGGUAUCUGAGGAAUAUAGUGUUGUGUUUGGAAUGGUGGGGUUAUUGGAACCGUGACACUGUGUACAGCCUAUUACUGUCAAGUUAUU